CGGAUUUCCCUUCUAUUUACGUUUGCCAAGAAACGAAAAGUAGCAAAACGUAAAAAGCCGAACUCGUCUGACCCUUUGCGUGUAGUGGGUUUCGCGUCAUGAAAUCCUGAAAUCCUGUUAGAUAGAGGAGAUCCAAUGAAAGUGUAGAAGAAAAUCCUUUCGCGUACCUAACUUAGGGUUCAUUUUUGAGGGAUCGUCGGAUUGUUGUGCGUAGCGCGAAACUCCUUUAAGGGCGGUUUGUGUGGGGAGAUCAGACACUGGACUGACGUCAGAUCCGUUUCCCUAGCAACCAUCUUGAACUCCCGCCUCUUUUGCUCUCCACCCUCUACGGGGAUUCGGGAGCGUGGUGCACGGCCCAAGCCAUUGGAGCAAGCAUUUCAGUGAGUGAUUGCCCUGCCAACGGUCAACACGCGUGCCAUAUCACUGGCGUGAUAAAAGAAGGUAGGGGAGUAAACACUUCAAGGGAAAAAAAUAGGAAACAACAAACAGGAAAACGGGGGGGUUUCUUCUUUGCUCUCUUUCACUCGAGUGGUGAUGCAUCUUGUUGGUUGCCGUUUUGGAACCCAGGAAUGAAGAGCCUGAUCCUUGUGUAACAGUAGUUAAAAAGUCUGGCGGGAGCAUUGCGAAGUGGCCAAAAAUAGUCGAAAUUGAAAUAGAGAGAGAACAGUGUUGUUUUUUUGUGUGUGUCUGUGUACUAGUAUAUACGGUCGAGUGCUGCAAGUUCUCGGCGCGUUCUAGUCAUCUUUCCUCGGUUUCCUCACUAUCGAUUAGAAGUGCGCAAACCCCCCAUCCCCCCGCCUCCUACACAUUCGGUUGUGUGUCUGCCUCUUUCCCGUUCAUCCAAAAAAAGAGAACAAACACUACGACAACCCACCAUCCAAAAAGGUUCUAGCAGCUAUCAAGUUCUCAUCUUAAUACCAAACCACUGUGUACCUUUGUUUGUUGAUUCUACUCGACAAUCACGUGUCAACAAGGAGAACGCAGAACGACAUCUUCAAAAAUGCCAUUCGGACCGUCUAACCGUCACUGCACUCUUGGUCAAAACAAGCCGGUUUAUCCAACAUGGACGAGGAAUUAUAUUGUAAACACUCGGGGAUGUGGAACAUGGCCAGGCAAUAUCGAGGCCGCUCCGAGCCGUUACGAACAGUUUGUGACGGCCAUGACCGAUGAUGAACGAUUCCAACGGGAUGUCACGCUGGGCAAACGAAUUGGAUUGUACAAGUUUCGCGGCGAGCUCGGCACCGGCAAUUUCUCCCGUGUCAAGUUAGCUUUCCACCAGUUGGCUCAUGAGCGAGUGGCAAUAAAGAUUAUUGAAAAGACCGGCAUGGACCAAAAAGCCUUAAUGAUGUUGACUAGGGAGAUUAACAACAUGGAUACAGUACGACAUCCUGCCAUAGUCAGGUUGUUUGAAGUGUUGGAGACGAUAUCCAAAGUGUACUUGGUCAUGGAAGUAGCGCCUGUGGGUGAAAUGUACACCCACGUCAGCGUUACGGGUCGCUAUGAUGAGACAUUGGCCAAAAAUUUAUAUAGUCAACUUAUUUCAGCAGUCGAGUUUAUGCAUGAAAACGACUUGUACCAUCGUGACAUCAAGGCGGAAAAUGUAUUCUUGUCCUCCUCCGAUCGUGUCCGGCUUGGUGAUUUCGGAUUCUCGACAAGGAUUGUCAACACUGUCGAACAUCAAAGCCAUCUUCUGACAACAUUUUGCGGAUCCCCGCCCUACGCCGCACCCGAAUUAUUUUACGACGACGCCUAUUCCGGUUCUGCCGUCGAUAUUUGGGCUCUCGGUGUUCUACUCUUUUUCAUGGUGACGGCGACGUUACCUUUUCAGGGCCAGACAGUGAAUGGACUAAAAAAUGCAAUUUUAGAGAACAAUUACUUUUUACCUGAGUACUUGAGUGCGUCAUGCGUGGAACUUAUUCGCGCCAUUUUGCAUCGUGAUCCAGCCGAAAGGAUAACCAUGGCUGGCAUCCGUAGCAGCGAAUGGCUUUACGGUCAGGUCAGACUCACGCCAUUGCCGAAUGUUCAAUUUGUUCCUUCCGAACGAGGGCAAGAGAGAACUCAAAUGGAAAUUAAAGUAUAUGCCCGGCUAGAAGAGCUCGGAAUUUCAGAAUCUAUGGUUUUAGAGCAUCGUGACAAAGGUGGACGAAGUGAUAUUAUUGGUACUUACCGAAUACUGAUGUAUCGCGCCAGUUGUGACGAAGCGAAUGAUUCCAGUAGUGAAAAACAAGAAGAAACUCAGGAAAAUCUUUUGGCUCCUCCUACCGUUUCCGUGGCCGGAUCUCUAUCCAAAUCUAUCAAAUCUGCACUGUCGGUCAAAUCUUCGCGGUCUGAGAAAUCUGCUAAAUCUAUUGGGAAAAAUCAUCUUAUUCGUCAUCGGGAUUAUGCAAUGGACUGCAAUGUGAUGAAACCUCUGCCAGAGUUCUCUCAGAUUGUCACAUUGCCUUACAUUGAGUAUGAACGAGAAAUGACGAGUAUCCGCUCCCAUUGUGAUUGCGAAGAUUGCGGGGAUUCUGGGCAUCCUCAUCAAGUAACCACCACUGAAGUUUAUCCCGAUAAUCCGACCAACCCUACACUUUUGGUAAACAAAAGUAACCACAAAAAUAAGAGUCCCUUGGUGUGGGGAGAAGAUAUCACCUUCCUGGAUCAUCAUCAGCACGAUAACAGGGUAGGCGAAUCCGCUGGAUCGUCACGCUACAUGAGAAGUACUACCGAAGUUGUCGACCAAGAUAAUAAAUCGAUCCUGCAACGACAACUGCAGCACUGUGACGAAACUAAUAACAAACUUGAACUAACCACGAAUAUGGUUUCAUUGUCGGAAUUAUCGGACAUGGGCGUGAUGGAAUCAGACAAAUACAUUAGUCUUUCUGGCUUUAAUUUCUUCCCCAAAGAUGAAGAAACGGAAGAUUUGAACGAUAUCUGCUCCUCAUUGCAAUUAGUGGAUCAAAGCAUGGUUGAAACACAUCCUUGCACUGUGGACGAAAUCCAGCAUUCUUCUGUUGCUGCUACUCCGGCACCAGAAGAACCCCCUCCAUCGGGUCGAGUUGGACUUCGCCGUACACGUAAUGCUUCCCGGCGAAUGUCGGUUAUGCACGGAGACGACAAUUCAUUUUGCAGUCAAUCUGAAUCUGUUACUGAAAAUACCCGAAAACGUAACAUGUCUGAACAUAGUAUGAUGAGUGGAGGUAGCUAUGACGAUCCGGAUAGCCCAUACAAUGGUAGCGGGCGGAGAAAGAGACGCCGCUAUGAAGAAGAUCCAUCAGAGGACCCAGCUUUCGAGAAGAGUCGUAAGAAUGCCAUCAUCGCCAAGAGAAACAGAGAAAAAAAGAAGGCUCUUAUGGACGAUAUGGAAAAGCGUUGCGACAAACUUACAACAGAUAAUAAUCAGUUAGAAUCUGAUAACGGGAAGCUACGUCGUCGCGUACAGACUCUAGAAGAAGAAGUUUACUACCUGAAAAGCGUUUUAGCCAACGAAAGUUCCUUAUCCAGCGUUUUGUCUAAUUUGAAAGGUGUCGAUAACCUACGGUUUUCGACCAGCUUUGAUCCAUCCAAAUAUAACAAAAAACAGAUUGGAUCAUCAUCAACCUCUGGCCAUCUCAAAGUGUCUGGUGGGCUAUGCCUUCACGUUGAUGGACAUCAGGUCUCUAUGGAAUUGUGUGCUCAAUGUUCUCAGAUGGCUUGUGGAGCUGGCCGCUCAAAUGAAGUGAUAGGGAAGAAUAAACGAUCGGUUUGAAUUCAGAUAUUUGCUUGUUUAUUUGAUUAUAUUCCGUCAACUUUGCUCAAUUUUUCUGUAUGAACAAUAUGUUAAAAUAAAACAGUGAAUUUCGA